AUGGGUUAGUGUAAAUGUGCAACAUAAUGUUGUUAAAAGGACGAAAUAGCAUCAUAAAAAAUAUCUACAAGAUCUAUUUAAGUUUCCAUCAAACAUCACAAACUUUAGAAGGAUUAGACUUCUGAUUAAAUUGAUGCUUUGGUUCAAGAUGACUUAGACUCAGGCAUUAUGAAAAAUUCAAUGAACAGCAAAGUUUCAAUUCAAGAGAUUUCUAAAAACUUGGUAUCAAACAAAUAGCCGAUGCCCUAAUAAGUUAAAGACACCAUUUAAAGUCAAGAACGCAAAUUACUUCCUAUGAUGUUAAUGCCUAAUGGAACUAAAUAUGAAGGACAAUGGCUAAAUGGUAUGAGAGAUGGCUAUGGAAAGUAGAUAUGGCCAGAUGGAUCAAUCUAUGAGGGCCAAUGGAGACAAGACAAAUCAAAUGGUUAAGGAAAAUUGAUUCAUGCUGAUGGAGAUAUUUAUGAAGGAGAAUGGGUUGAUGAUGCAGCAUGCGGAAAAGGAACCUACGUUCAUUAUAAUGGAGCUAGAUAUGAAGGCGAAUGGCUUAACGACAAUCAACAUGGAUAUGGCAUUGAAGUUUGGCCUGAUGGAGCCAAGUAUUAAGGUCAGUAUUAAUUUGGUAAAAAAAAUGGAAAAGGAUAAUUAACCUUUAUUGAUUAAGCAUAUUACGAAGGUAAUUUCAUUGAUAACGAAAUUUCUGGCUUUGGCAUUUAUAAAUGGACUGAUGGAAGAGAAUAUGUUGGUAAUUGGUUAGAUAAUAAAAUGCAUGGAGAAGGUACUCUUAAAUGGCCAGAUGGAAAAUGUUACAAAGGAAAUUAUUAAUAAGAUAAGAAAUAAGGCAGAGGAGUAUUCUAUUUUGGAGACGGUAGGAAAUAUGCAGGCACUUGGAUAAACGGAAAAUAAUGUGGCAUUGGAAUAUUUUAUUAGACUCAAAAUUAAUAUAAAAUCGGAAUAUGGAAUAAUGGAUAAAGAACGAAAUGGCUCAAUGAUGAAGAAUUAGAAAAUCAUAAAGAUGAAGUCACUCAGCUUUUAGAAUUGUGA